CCUCCAUCACUGUGAAAACACUGCCCUAAGCCAUUUUCUACAACCUGUAAGGAAGCUGCCUCUCAGAGCCUUUUCUACAAAUGCCAGAAAAGUCCACACUGCCCCUGCUCGAACCUUGUUCCUGUUGCGCCCCCUGCCCUUUCUGUUUGUGACUGGCGGCGGGUAUGCAGGUUACCGGCAGUAUGAGAAGUAUAGGGAGCAAGAGCUGGAGAAGCUGGGAUUGGAGAUUCCACCCAAACUGGCUGGUCACUGGGAGGUUGCACUUCCCCCAGUUGGCCCUGAGACGGAGGCUGGGACAGCUGAGCUGCAUGUCCAGACCUGCCCUGAAACUGCGCUCCUGGCCCCUGACGGUCCUCUACUACCUCCUGCCCUUCGGUGCCCUCAGACCGCUCAGCCGGGUGGGAUGGAGGCCCGUGAGCAGGGUGGCGUUGUACAAGUCAGUGCCGACACGGUUGCUGUCUCGAGCCUGGGGCCGUCUUAACCAGGUGGAGCUGCCACACUGGCUGCGCAGGCCCGUCUAUAGCUUGUACAUCUGGACCUUCGGGGUGAACAUGAAGGAGGCCGCCGUGGAGGACCUGCACCACUACCGCAACCUCAGCGAGUUCUUCCGGCGCAAGCUGAAGCCGCAGGCCCGGCCUGUCUGUUGCCUGCACAGUGUGAUCAGCCCAUCGGAUGGGAAGAUCCUCAACUUUGGGCAGGUAAAGAACUCUGAGGUGGAGCAGGUGAAGGGGGUCACCUACUCGCUGGAGUCAUUCCUGGGCCCUCGAACCUCUGUGGAAGACCUGCCCUUCCCACCAGCCGCCUCCUGCAGCUCCUUCAGGAACCAGCUGGUCACCCAAGAAGGGAAUGAGCUCUACCACUGCGUCAUCUACCUGGCCCCCGGGGACUACCACUGCUUCCACUCCCCCACCGACUGGACUGUGUCCCACCGGCGCCACUUCCCAGGCUCCCUGAUGUCCGUGAACCCUGGCAUGGCCCGCUGGAUCAAAGAACUCUUCUGCCACAACGAGCGGGUAGUCCUGACUGGGGACUGGAAACAUGGCUUCUUUUCACUGACAGCUGUGGGGGCCACCAACGUGGGCUCCAUUCGCAUCUACUUCGACCGGGACCUGCACACGAACAGCCCACGGUACAGCAAGGGCUCCUACAACGACUUCAGCUUUGUGACGCAUGCCAACAAGGAGGGCAUCCCCAUGCGCAAGGGCGAACACCUGGGCGAGUUCAACCUGGGCUCCACCAUUGUGCUCAUCUUCGAGGCCCCCAAGGACUUCAAUUUCAAGCUGAAAGCAGGACAGAAAAUCAGAUUUGGGGAGGCUCUGGGCUCCCUCUAAUCUAAAGCCUCUUUCCUGGCUGCUGCUGCUGAGGGAUCUUUCCUGAACAGAGAAGUGGGAAUCCCUUUGAAGGGAACCUCCUCAGCUGUCAGGAGGGGACUCUCUCAGGACCAGGGUCUGACCAGGCAGGACCUGGUGACUGCUGUCCCAGAGGUGCAGACGAGGCCCGAGCCCCACUGUGCCCUAGACCUAUGUCGUUCCUUCUUCCCACCCUGAAGAGGAGUGAGUGCCGGGAUGAUCUCGGAUUCCCUUUUGGAGAGGUUUUAACCUGUCGUAUAAACCUGGCUGAGUAUUCCGUUGGUCUUGGUUUCUGUUAGGAUGGUAAGCGGGAAUGUACCUUUCUGCUGCUCCUCCCGUCACUGCUUUCGGCCUUCCCUGCACGGGUGAGGUGCCUCCUGGCACUGACCGUGGGCCCGCCUGCCCCAGAGCAGGACCACACAGCCUUUACUGUAACUGCUUUCUGUUUCCAAAUUCGCCCCACCUUGCUUGUUGGGAAAGCUGUCGUCUUCACACUGGUGGUGAAUACAUCACCCGACUCUGCCAGCGUCUUCCGAGGAGGGUGACUAAACUGCGAGGCACUCUUCAGAUCCCAGAGAGCAACCUUCUGGCGCUUUCAAGACCAGUUACUGAACCCCCCCUGCCAGUGUCCCAUGUGAAUGGGGCAGUCAGGUAGUGUUGGCCACACUGGGACUAGGGGAGAGCUUGUGUCCCCUUUUCAGAUCCAGACCUACAUUAAAUAUGGGAAAGUUGCUGCUAUUGAUUCAGGGGUUUAUGUUGGGGGCAGAGAGGAGCCUUGGUGUAUCGGGGUGGGGAGGCAGGGUCAGUGCCUAGAAAAUCUGUCCCCAAGCAACAGGUAUGCAGUCCUUAGGGAGCCGCUGAUGGCGAGGACAGGGCCAGGUUUCAUGUCUCCUGGGGACUCAGAAUUUCUCCUGCAGGAGAAGCCAUUUGAACUUUUUCAACUGUAUCAGUAGCACAGUAUUUUUGUAAGAAAAGUGGGAGACUUCUGAACCAUAAUUCAUUUA